AUGUGGAAGCGUUCAGCCUCGCCGCGUCAUCAAAAGAAGGGUACAACUUCUGGCCAAAAUGAGCAGAGGGAACCUACAAUGCAUUCAGAAGGUGCAGACAACACGACGCACGUCAAAUUUGCACCUGAACCGACUAAAAUAAAUCAAAAAGAUAAGCGGAGUCAACCAAGCCACUAUCACAAUCGCCGAAGACACAUUGAAAGGCCCGCUCAUAGCCAACGGAAGGUAAAGUCUGACAAGUACGCAGGUAGCAAACAUUCAGGAUCGACUGCAUCGAAACCCUCUCGACUCAGGCAGCUUGCAAUGCUGAUGAUGGGAUCACGAAAACGGCCGAAAAGGCAUUCCAGAAUGCAAAGCAAAGGAACGGCUACGAGCAGAACGACCAAAACAAGCAGAACAACUGAGGAAAGCGGAACAACUAAAACAAGCGGAACCGGUGAAGAAAGCGAGGCAGCUAAACCAAGCAGAACAACUAAAGCAAGCGGGGAAACCAGAACUAGCAGGAGCGGAACUACUAGUGCAGGUGCAAAAGUAGGACAGAAGCCAAAAGUUAUAGGAGUAGUCAGGCCAAAUGUCCAUAAAACAGUCAAGACAAGGACCGAACCAACAAGGACAGGUGGAACUGGCAAAGUGCACACAACAAAAGGCGGGUUUGCACGGGAACGUGAAACAGCCGAAGGUACAGAGAGAAACAGACAUGGAAAGAAACAGUCAGAUCAGAAUGCUGAGGUAACUGACCUGGUAAAACUAGGCGGAGGCACAGUUUGGAGAGGCAACCAUUCAAAACUUGGAGUCGUAGCUUUUAAACGUGUAAUAGCCUCAGAUCCUCGGGAAAAGAAGGAGGCCGAAAAAGAGUUGCGGCGGUCGAGAGAAGUUAGUGGUCAUCCGAAUAUAAUUCAGUUUCAUGAGGGUUUCAAUCGGACUAUGGAAAGUGUGCCUUAUGUAGUUUCAAUAUUCCAAUAUGCUGCCGGGGGCGACUUGAAAGGAAGGAUAGAGAGAAAAACAUUAAACGAGGACAAUAAAAAGGUUGUAAUACGAGGAUCAUUGAAAGGGUUGAAACACUUGCAUAACAUGAACCUUGUACACGGAAAUCUAACAAGACAAGUCGAACUUGCUCCACUCAGGCCGACAAAUAUUCUGUUUCUGAAUCCCGUAGAUAAAGACGUAGUGGAAAAUGAUAUAAAACUGACAAAUUUUAGAUUGACAGAACGCAUUCCAAAAGACAAAAGUGUAGUCAAAGUCAAUAGUCUGUGCAUAGAAGAACAUUAUAUGCCACCAGAGGGUUUGGACUGUGAUCUAAGUUAUGCAUUGGAUGUGUGGACGCUUGGAGUCACAUGUUAUGAAAUGUACAAUGGAUUGGAGAGUUUCCCAAUAAUCAAACCUCAUCCAAAUGAUAAGCGUUCGAAAGAUGAAGUUGCACAGGCAAUACUUCGUCUGAAGGAAGUUUGGAAUCAACCUGGCUGGAGCAAUUACGAACAGGGUCUUUGUACAGCUAAGUCUCUGUGCCAGCAGAUGCUCGACACGAAGUUUGCAUCAAGAAUAAGCGUUGAAAAAGCGUUAAACCAUCCACCAAGCUUGAAGCGUGCUAAGACAUGCAGAUCCAUCCAAGGGGCUGCGUCAAAGAUAACAUGA